UCAUUGAUCACGCAAUCCCACUCACUCAAUCACUCUAUCUCUUUUUUUUUUAUAUGUACGAGUAGUAUACAUAUAGCAUAGUAGUGAUAGGUCUAAGACUUUCUUAAUCUUUCUCUCUGUCCACAACACUUCCUUGUCGUUCUUAUUGUUGAAGAUGAAGAAGAAUUUGAAUCUCGAACUUCACCUUUUCACUCCUUCCAUUGCUUCCAAUCAUCGUACCUCAAUGGAAAAAGAAGCACAUGAUCAGCAGCAGCAGCAUCGGCCGCUGACCAUUGUCUAUGAUGGCAAGGUCUGCGUUUCUGAUGCCACUGAGAAUCAGGCCAGGUCUAUUUUAAUGCUUGCAAAUAAAGAAAUGGAGGAAAGAGUGAGGACACCAACCCGAUCGUUAUCAGAGCCAUCUUCACCAGCAGUAUUUACGAACUUGUAUAGUCCUGGAACUUCUCUUUCCAUGAAAAAAUCACUGCAGAGGUUUCUCCAAAAGAGGAAGAAUCGGAUCCAAGAAGCAUCACCUUACCAUUUUAAUGAGCAGAAUUGAUUCAUUAAGAUCAACUAUAAAUAAAAUUUUUGUUUAAUUUGGUGUGUUAAGAGUACUAUAUGUAUGUCUUUGUCAAAUUGUCAACUGCUUGUAAAUUAUGUAGGAUUGUACAUCAUACAUUCUUGUGCAUUACUCUGAAAUUUGCAUUAUGUUUUUUU